AUGUGUCGGUCACUGAUAAGUGAACCACCACCACAUACAGGGUUAACCAUAACCACCGCCAACAGCAGUCCCGUCGGUGACAUAGUAGGCAAACUGGUGGUCGGCUAUCAGGGAUGGUUCGAUGCCAAAGGUGACGGAUCGCCGAACAACCAAUGGAUACAUUGGGGCGGUAAUCCUCCACGUGCGGGACACCAGUCGUUUGAAUUGUGGCCGGAUGUCCGCGAGUAUAAUCGCACCUAUCAGACUGGCUACGAGCCACUGGGCACCGGACAACCGGCCCGUUUGUUCAGUUCGUGGGACAACCAGUCAGUUGAUACACAUUUCCUAUGGAUGAAACAGAAUAACAUCGAUGGCGCAGCCCUACAAAGACAACGGCUUAACGGUAUGGCCGGUAAAGUGAUGGCCAGUGCCGAACAUUAUAACCGCAAGUUCUAUAUAAUGUGGGACAUAUCGGGUUGGGAUAAGUUUGAGUCGGAAAUACCCGAUGAUUUGACCGUAAAUCUGAAACCGUUGGGUGUAUUCAACUCCAGUGCCUAUGCCCACCAAAAUGGUCGGCCUGUUGUAUGUAUGUGGGGACUGGGAUUUACUAAUCGACCGAAAGAUACGGCCGGUCUGAUCAGGCUUAUCGAUGCACUCAAACUUGAGGGCUAUUAUGUGAUUGGUGGUGUGCCACGUAAUUGGCGCGAUAUUAGCAACUUUCGGGAGGUAUACUUACGGUUGAACAUGCUACAACCAUGGGCAGUCGGAUCAAUGUCAAGUGUCAAAGGGGCUCAGUUAUACCAGCCGGUGCUCAAGGCUGACUACGAGUUUCUUGUACAACAUAACAUUGAUUAUCAUCCGGUACUGUACCCCGGUUUUGCCUGGAGCAAUUGGCACAACACAACCCGUAACGCCCAGCCCCGAUUGCAUGGUGAUUUUAUGUGGCAACAGUUUGUCAAUCUUAGACAACUGGCCAUAUCCAGUGCCUAUGUAGCCAUGUUUGACGAGUACGAUGAGGGUACGGCCAUUGCCAAAGCGGCCGAAACCAUAGAGGACAUACCCAGUGACCAGUACUUUCUGACACUGGAUGCCGACGGUGUCCGAGUGUCUGGCGAUUUUUAUCUACGACUUGUCGGUGAUGGCAAUCGUAUGAUCAGCGGACAGAUACCCUUACAGACAACACAUCCUACACCUCAUAUUAAAUCAUAA